UUCAGUCACAUGACUCAUGUGGGGUGCUGGUUCAGGAUAAAUACAGUAGGCAGUCCCUUUCACAGUUACAGUUUCUCUGAGAAGUUUGAUCUCAACAUAUCUCAUUUCUAAGCGCUGUUGACUUGGUAAAGAGCAACUAUUAUGGCAUAUCAUGUGAAGACAUUCUUCCUGAUCUGCCUGCUUCCUCAGGCCUUUUGCAGUCUGGCUUCCAUUAUACGAUUCUUGGACCAAAAUUACCAAGUAGGCCAGUAUGCAGCAGCCAUCAAUGUCCCAGCUGGUCAGUGCGAUCAGAAUUUCCAACCAUUAAAUGAUAAUUUCCUGACAAGUGACCCAAGUGCAAAUGUAAGGAAUGUAAUUAUGCGUGAUAAAGAUCCAGUCUACAAAGGCACAGAGCUCAUCGCCGCAGGAGUUCAACAACAACCACAUCCAGCUCAUUCAGAGUAUCUGCUUCUUUACCCUGUAAAUAAUUCACCUUUGACAUAUUUAUUAAAUAAGCAAAAGAAUGCAUGCGUGGUGUUCUACACCCUUAACUCUCCCUGUGUGAACUCCUGUCUUAAUGGAAGAAGAUACAACAUUAUACAAGGUAUUGAGAAAUUAAAAAACUAUCAGGGAAUUAAAUACUUUGUUUUCAAAAAUAUAUGGAAACAUGACCAAGGUGAACAAAACAAAGAGAAGCUGAAAGAAAACUUGAAGAAGAUUGCUGAUCGUGUGCCACUUUACCGCUGCAGAAACAAUGCAUGCACCCUUUGUGGACAGCCAGAUUCAAAUGAAGGAAUAAAUGAAGUAUGUUUGUCGGUUUGAAAACCAAACAUUAAUUAAAUGUCUAGGUCGCUUGAUUCAUUUGGUGAGCCAACCUGACGCUUUAUACAGUGUGUAUGAAAAGUAUAAAGUUAAAUAAACAAACAAAACACUUUCAAUACAAAUCUUCUCAUUUAAUAAUGCA